AAACUAAUUAUCCGGGAAUGUCUCUGGUGAGGGAAAGUAUGCGUCGGUUUUUCUCAUCGAAAACAUUACACAUACGGCGUUUACUUUCGAUCUCAAAGUCUCGUCAGUCUAGUAGUACAGUGACGUUGAUGAGCGGAGAUGGUGUUGGACCAGAAAUAUCGACGGCUGUUCAAAAAAUAUUCGCAGCUGCGAAGGUGCCCAUAGAUUGGGAUCCAGUUGAUGUGACACCAGUGAGGACUCCUGAUGGCAAGACCACCAUUCCUCAAAGUGUCCUUGACUCAAUUGACAAGAACAAAGUUGGACUAAAAGGUCCUCUGGCAACAGAAAUAGGAAAAGGUCACGUGUCACUCAACCUCACAUUAAGACGUGUUUUUGAUCUUUAUGCAAACAUACGACCAUGUUUGUCUCUACCUGGUCUUCAGACCUUGUACAACAACGUGAAUUUGGUGACAGUCAGAGAGAACACAGAAGGUGAAUACAGUGGCAUAGAACACAUGGUAGUAGAUGGUGUCGUUCAGAGCAUCAAACUGAUCACCCGCAAUGCUUCUCUUCGUGUUGCUGAGUUUGCAUUUGCACAUGCAACAGCCAACAACCGCCAGCUAGUGACAGCAGUACAUAAAGCAAACAUAAUGAGGAUGACAGAUGGUCUGUUCUUGAAGUGUUGCCGUGAAGUUGCUGAUCGCUAUAGUGACAUCAAAUAUGAAGAAGUCUUUCUGGACACUGUGUGUCUUGCUAUGGUGCAGGAUCCUAGCCAAUUUGAUGUGUUAGUAAUGCCCAACUUGUAUGGAGACAUUCUCAGUGAUUUAUGUGCUGGCUUAGUUGGAGGACUUGGUGUGACACCAAGUGGCAACAUUGGACAGAAUGGUGUUGCUAUAUUCGAGGCAGUGCAUGGGACAGCACCAGACAUUGCAGGUCAAGACAAAGCCAAUCCAACUGCUCUUCUCCUCAGCGCUGUCAUGAUGCUGCGGCAUAUGGAAUUAAACAAUUUUGCUGAUAGAAUAGAGUCAGCAGUUUUGGAGACCAUUAAAGCAAAAGAGACAAGAACUGUUGAUAUCGGUGGCAUGGCGUCCUGCUCUCAGUUCACCGAAUCUAUCUGUAACAAGUUACAACAAUGAAAAUACUCAAACUUUGACUGUAACGAAAACAUCUUCGUCUAGCAAUACAAUUAAUGCAAGCUACAGUAGUUGUACUGUACAUAUGACAUUGCUACCUAUUUAUCGAAAAACCAGAUUUUAUCAGUUAAUCUGUAGUCUAGAGCUCAAAUACAAAUCUAUGUUGAGCAACACUAUA